UACCGUAUUGCGUUUCGUCAAGAUGGCGGCCUCCUGUGUCAAUGUUUAACAUUUUAGGUCGUGUGUUACGGUAUAUUUACUGGACAUUUUAUAGGAUACAUCAAAGGGUAUAAGUAUUAGAUUAAGUAGGGUGAUAACAUUGUGUAUAAUACUUAUUUCAGUUAAUGUGACUGUCGACAGCGAGGAUGAUAUCCAUUAUAAUAACAUUAGGUUCUGUAAAUAUGGAUGAAUAGCUAGCUAACAGUUACAUAUCUAAUUUCAUCAGUUAAUGUAAUUUUCCUGCCACCGUUUAGUUUAUUUAUUUAAUCGACUUAGCUAUCUAUACUAGCUUGUGUCAAGCUUGGAUAUAGACCUGUCAAGGGUUUACUUGAUAUUUGUUUAAACUUUAAUUAUUAAAAGACCUUCAGCUGUAAAGAUGACAGUAAUUUGGUCUCGGCUCUCGUGCAUUGUUUUGCUAAACCGUGGACAGAGGAACAUAAGUCUUUUCUCCAACACAACGCCUUCUAAUUGGAAUAAAGUGGUCUCGGAUGCAGAGAAAAUAGUGGGUUAUCCGACUUCUUUUAUGAGCCUACGCUGCUUGCUGAGUGAUGAACUCAGUAAUGCAGCAAUGCACGUGAGGAAACUGGUUGGAACAAAACACCCGUUACUCAACACUGCAAGGGGCUUUGUCUAUGACAGUAGAAACAACCUUCAGAUGAGGGGCCUGGUCGUCCUACUGAUGUCCAAGGCAGCCGGUCCCAGCCAGCACAAAGCCUCAGACCUCCUCCCCCAGGACAUGAUCAGUGGCAUCUACCCCAGCCAGCGGAACCUGGCUGAAAUCACAGAGCUCAUCCACACGGCUUUCCUGGUGCACCGUGGGAUUGUCAACCUCAAGGAGUGGACCACCUCAGACGGACCCCUGAAGGACAUGCAGUUUGGAAACAAGAUGGCUGUUCUCAGUGGGGACUUUUUGCUCGCUAACGCCUGCACCGGACUGGCCCAGCUAAACAAUACUAAGGUUGUGGAGUUGAUCUCAAGUGCCAUUGGUGACUUGGUGCAGGGAAUCUACCAUGAGAUGCCCAACAGUUUGGAGGACAAGAGCCUGACUGAUGACAUCAACAUGGUUACGUGGGAGGAGCAGAGGUUCUUGUCCCAUGGUGCCUUGCUGGCGAAAAGCUGUCAGGCAGCGAUGGAGCUCGCCAAACAUGACAAAGAUGCCCAAGGACUGGCCUACAAAUACGGCAAGCAUCUAUCACUGGGCCACAAGUUGAACUCUGACCUGCAGCCAUUUGUGAAGAACAGUUCAGCAGGCCCAGUAACAUUCAGUUUGAACUCUGCUCCUGUGGUUUUCCACCGGCAGAUUGUGGGGAAGGAGAGAUGGCGUCAUCAGCUGCAACAGAACAGCCUCAAUUCGUCAGGGCGUGGUCUCUACAAGGUGUCAAAAGCGUUCCACAGGGAUGCUGGCCCAUAGUCUCCAAUGCUUCUCACAGUUGUCAAGUUGGCUGGAUGUCCUUUGGGUGGAGGACCAUUAUUGAAACAUAAGGGAAACUGUUGAGCGUGAAAAACCCAGCAGCGUUGCAGUUCUUGACACCUACUAACAUACCCCGUUCAAAGGCCCUCAAGUAUUUUGUUUUGCCCAUUCACCCUCUGAAUUGUACACAUACACAAUCCAUGUCUCAAGGCUUAAAAAUCCUUAUUUAACCUGUCUCCUCCCCUUCAUCUUCACUGUUGAAGUGUAUGUCACAAGUGACAUCAUUAAGGGAUCAUAGCUUUCACCUGGUCAGUCUGUCAUGGAAAGAGCAUGUUGUAUACUUAAAUGUCUUUCCCUUUUUCUCGCUCCGU